AUAUCUGAGUUGUAAAGCAGAGGGGAAGCCCAAAGAAAAAGAUGAAAGAAACAAAACUCAGACGACCUUGACCUUGAUGCUGGCUCAGCUUCUUCUCAAUAAUUCAGCCUGGUAUAUCAAAAACUGGGUUUGUUAUUAACUGAUUUUGGUAUUCCUUGGCUCCUAAUGCUUCAAGGGCAUCCUUAAUCCGGAUUAUAUUUAUAGCUAGGUUGCAAGCUGUAGAUGGCUACAUAGUUAAGCUGUUCACAUGAUAUUUUCAACUAGGAAUGGUUCAUGGGACCAAGUUCAGAUUCUUGUUGCAAAAUGCUAAAUGGGAAAAGGGAACGAAGUGGUAGCAGGGAAACAAAUGAAGGCUUCUUAGCUGCGACAAUUCAUUCUGUUUAGCAUAUAUAAGAAGAUUUGUAAGGAUAGCAAGAACAAUUACUUCGUUACAUGGUUUGCAAAUAACAUGGUAUCUAACAUCUUCCUCUUGCAUGUAGUACUAUUGCUUUGCUGUUAUGAUUACCUAUUUUGUUCUGCAAGAGAUACACUGACACAUGCCGAUCCAGUUAUUGAUGAGGAAUCAGGAACUCUUGUUUCAGCAGGAGAAAAAUUUGAAUUGGGUUUCUUUACCCCUACUCCUAUAGGGAAAAGUAACUCGGGCGCUGAUAGCAGAUAUGUUGGCAUAUGGUAUCAUAAGGUCACUCCAAGAACAGUUGCAUGGGUUGCCAACAGAGAUAAACCUCUGCCUGCCAAUUCCACUGGAGUUCUCACAAUCGAAGAUGGUAACCUCCUCGUGUUGGAUAAUGUUACUGGAGAGCGUUAUUGGUCCACAGACAUUGGAACAUCUUCGUCUUCUAACAUGAUUGUGAAGAUAAUGGAGUCUGGAAACCUGGUGUUAAUGGAUUCUGAUCAGAUGGCAGCAAAUAUUCUGUGGCAGAGCUUUCAGAACCCAACUGAUACAUUCAUUCCUGGGAUGCUAAUGGAUAAAAACUUCCAGUUGACUUCUUGGAGAGACGAAGAUGACCCAAGACCGGGGAACUUCACCUUCAAACUCGAUCAGAGUGAGAGACAGUAUAUCAUAAUGAAGAAGUCGCUUCCGUACUGGAAAAGUGGAGAGCCAGGUAAUCAUUUCAGCUCAGAUGAAAUGCGUCCUGAAGGAGCUUACUUGCUAUCAAAUUUCAGCAGCAGAAGUCGAUCAUCUAGUUAUUAUGCUCAAAUUGUGAUACCUUUGGAUUACAAUUAUACACGGUUGGUGAUAAAUUUUACUGGAGAGUUACGGUUUUGGACUUGGAAUGAAAACAAGAAGCAGUGGCUUCUUUCGUGGUCGGAGCCAAAAGAUCAGUGUAGGGAGUUUAACCCUUGUGGAAGUUUUGGCAGCUGCAAUAAUAAUAAUUGGCCUUUGGUAUGCAAAUGUUUGCCCGGUUUCAAGCCCAAGUCCCCAGAUAAUUGGAAUUCUGGAGAUUUUUCAGGUGGAUGUGAUAGAGAGUCAUCAAUCUCUUACAACAACAGCAGCAGGUUCUUGAGCUUAAAGAUGAUGAAAGUUGGAGAGGCAGAGUCACCGUUCGAUGUGGCCAAUGAAACAGAGUGCAGGAACGGGUGCCUAGAGAACCCCCAGUGCCAGGCUUACUCGUAUGGCGUUCUAGCUGAAGACAGAGCUCAAAGGGGUACUUCCACUACCAGCACUUCCUCGUGCUGGACGUGGUUGGAAGAUCUAAAUAAUCUUGUAGAAGAGUAUGGCGGUGGCCACAAUAUCUUUGUUCGAGUUGCCUCGUCUGAUAUAGAAUCUACUGUAAGAGACUGCGAGCCUUGUGGCACAACGACAAUACCUUAUCCCCUGAGCACCGGACUGGACUGUGGAGACCCCAUGUACUUCCGUUUCAACUGCAACACUUCGACAGGCCAGGUUAGCUUCAUGGGGCUGAAGGACACCUUUCGAGUUAUAAGCAUCAGACCAAGUACUCAAAAAUUUGUACUCCAAGGGUUUCCAGCCAAAAAGGUCGAUCAUUGUGAUUCUAGAAACAGAGCCAAAACUCUGCAGCUCAACCCAUCAUUCCCAUUUAAGAUGAGUAGUUGGUGCAAUGCUGACCUUGGAAACUUUAGUUCUGAAGUAUUCUCUUCUCGAGUCCUUAAUGUGGUAGAGUUGGGUUGGGAGCAACCGCUGGAACCAGCCUGCAAUACAUCAGUAGACUGCAAGGGUUGGCCAAAUUCAACCUGCAAUCCAGCAAGAGAUGGAAUGAAAAGAUGCCUUUGCAACAAGAGUUUUCAAUGGAAUGCCUUUAACUUCAAUUGUACUCAAGAAGGUAGUCCUCAUGAGCCAUCAAACUCUCCAUCGCAAUCGCCCUUAGGAGAGCAUUCAAUCAGAAAAGUUUCAUUCUAUCUGAUAAUUGUGGCGGUGCUUAUAAGCAUGAUUUUACUGGCAUGCAUCACUUCUAUUUAUAUAUGGAGAAGAAAAAUGACCAGAAAACAAGGUAAAGUAGAUCAAAUAAGUCGUGCACAAUUUGAUAGUGAAAGACGAGUCAAGGAGUUGAUAGACACAAGUGAGUUCAACGAGGAAGAUGAGAAAGGUAUAGAUGUACCCUCUUUUGAUUUGCAAAGCAUACUCGAAGCUACAGAUAAUUUCUCAGAUGCUAACAAGCUAGGACAAGGGGGAUAUGGGCCUGUUUACAAGGGGAAGUUUUUUGGAGAUCAAGAAAUUGCAGUAAAGAGGCUAUCAAAGGUUUCAGGACAAGGGUUACAGGAAUUUAGGAAUGAGGUCGUGCUGAUUGCCAAACUUCAGCACCGAAAUCUUGUUAGACUCAGAGGAUAUUGCAUGAAAGGAGAAGAAAAGAUUUUACUUUAUGAGUACAUGCCCAACAAAAGCUUGGAUUCCUUUAUAUUUGAUCAUACACAAGACGUAUUUCUCAAUUGGGAGAUGCGGUUUAACAUCAUUUUGGGAAUCGCUCGAGGACUUCUUUAUCUUCAUCAAGAUUCGAGGUUGAGGAUUAUUCAUAGAGAUUUGAAAACCAGCAACGUACUUUUGGAUGAGGAGAUGAACCCCAAAAUAUCCGACUUCGGCUUGGCCAGGAUUGUUGGAGGCAAAGAAACAGAGGCAAACACAAAUACAGUAGUAGGAACCUAUGGCUACAUGUCUCCGGAAUAUGCAUUAGAUGGAACUUUCUCAGUCAAAUCAGAUGUCUUUAGUUUUGGUGUGGUUCUUCUUGAGAUAAUCAGUGGAAAAAAGAAUGCAGGAUUUUUUCAGUCCAAACAAACUUUCAGCCUCCUUGGUUAUGCAUGGGAACUCUGGACAGAAGACAAGGUGUUGGAUUUAAUGGACAAGAAUUUGGAAGAAAGUUGUAACGGAAGUGAAUUUAUGAAGUGUGUAAAUGUUGGGCUCUUAUGCGUUCAAGAAGAUCCGGUUGAUCGCCCUACAAUGUCACAUGUUAUAACCUUGCUUGACAGUGAAACUGCAAUCCCUGCAACUCCUAAACAACCAGCCUUUUUCAUAAGGAGAGGCAACUCUAGCACAGCUUCCUCUUCUACUAAGCCAGAAACAAUUUCUGAAAUAAGUACUCUGGAAGGCAGAUAAGUAAUCCGUCGAUCAUUUAAGCUUGUUGAAGGAAUAUCGAUUUAGUGUGCCUUAUCAAACUAGGAGUAGCAAUAGGAGAGAAGGUUCUAGAUUUCCCAAUCCUACACGGAUUGGUAUUCCUUGUAACAUUAGAACUAGUACUUUGUAAUCCCUAUAUAUAGGGCUCCUAUUCUCAAUAAUAAUACACAUCUCUCUCUACAAUUCUCUCUCGAA